GUCCCGCUCGCGGCUCCGCCCUUGUGUGCCCCGGGCACGCACGCGGGACACCGAGGCUCCAGCGCCUGCUACCCCUACUCCUGCUCAGGUCGCCUGGGCUCUCAAGACCCCCUCGCCCCCGCCCUGCUCUCCCAGCCUCUCCCCAGCAGGUCUUUGCCGUCCUGUGCCCUAGUCCUGAGCAGUGUGGCUAGAUGGAAGACCGUGGAAGUGCCUGGGCUUGAACUAAACCUAAGAUAGCAUUUAGGUGUCUUAGCUGUCCCCCCGAGACCACCUGUGCCAAGCGCAGCAUGGGUGGGGGGCUGAUUGAGAGAUAUGUGGCCGCCAUGGUGCUGAGCGCAGCUGGAGAUGCCUUGGGAUACUUCAAUGGGAAGUGGGAGUUCCUUCGGGACGGGGAGAAGAUACACCGGCAGUUGGCCCAGAUGGGUGACUUGGAAGCCAUAGACGUGGCACAGUGGAGAGUCAGCGACGACACGGUGAUGCACCUGGCUACGGCAGAGGCACUCCUGGAAGCCGGCACAUCCCCGAGCUUGGCUCAGCUGUAUUCCCUUCUAGCUAAACAUUAUCAGGACUGCAUGGGAGACAUGGAUGGCCGGGCGCCAGGCGGUGCUUGCAUGCAGAAUGCCAUGCAGCUGGAGCCCAACAGGCCCGAUGGCUGGAGGAUCCCCUUCAACACCCAUGAGGGUGGCUGCGGAGCUGCUAUGCGUGCCAUGUGCAUCGGGCUGAGGUUCCCUCACCCCAGCCAGCUGGACAUGCUAAUCCAAGUGAGCAUCGAGAGUGGCCGGAUGACCCACCACCACCCCACAGGCUACCUGGGAAGCCUCGUGUCGGCUCUUUUUACAGCGUAUGCCGUGAAUGACAAGCCACCGAGGGAGUGGGGAAGAGGGUUGAUGGAAGUGUUACCAGAAGCCAAAAACUACAUUGUCCAGUCAGACUACUUUGUGGAGGAAAAUCUCCAACACUGGUCUUACUUCCAGAAAGAAUGGGAAAAGUACCUGGAACUUCGAGGAAUUUCAGAUGGCAAGUCAGCUCCCGUCUUCCAGAAGCCCUUCGGGGUGAAGGAAAGGGAUCAAUUCUACAUCUCCCUGAGUUACUCUGGCUGGGGCGGCAGCAGUGGACACGAUGCCCCCAUGAUCGCCUAUGAUGCCCUCCUGGCUGCGGGGGACUCCUGGAAGGAACUUGCACACAGAGCCUUUUUCCACGGCGGAGACAGCGAUUCCACAGCAGCCAUCGCCGGCUGCUGGUGGGGAGUGAUGCAUGGUUUUAAAGGAGUCAACCCUUCUAACUACGAGAAGCUGGAGUACCGGCAGCGGCUGGAAGAGGCAGCGCGGGCUUUAUAUUCUCUUGGGUCAAAAGAAGACACUGCAUUUGGCCCCUAGGAGAGGGUGGUGUUUUCCUUUCCUUUUUUUUCCUGGUGACUUCUUUCUCCAUAGCCGUGGUUCUUCUCAGUCUAUUCAAGUAUUCUCAUCUCAUGCUCAGACUUUAGAGAGGACAAGUUCCUUGGUCGCCCUUAGCUCUGCCUUCUCACACGCUUUUCCUGUGUUCCCACGCUUCCCUCCUCUCCUCGGGUUCAUCUCUGUGUUUGAGAAUCUUUUUAUUUCACUUGAUGGUGUCAGCUUUUCCCCUUCCAGAAGCACCUUGUAUUUGAAUCUUUGUUUUUGAUCAUAGAAUUGUUCCAAAUGCUUUGUCCACGUUUUCCUCAAUCGGGUCCCCCACCUACCCCAAGUAGACUCGGGCAAAGAUUUGAGUGCAGAGAGUUUCUUUGGGAGGCAAUUCCAGGAAGUAGAACAGGGAAGUGAGACCAGGAGGGAAGGGAGCUCACAGGCUGUGUGAAUGAGCAGGAAUCCCCAUGGCCAUUUGAGGUGCAUUCUAUGGGGGUCCUCUGCCUGAGGCAGUCCUCAGCGUUGUCCUCAUGAAAUGCCAUGCCAGUUUUGAGUGUGCGUCCACUGACUUUGGAUGGGUUAAGGACCAUCCCCAGCAAAGCUGUCAGUUCCCUGGGACAUCUCAGCUUGUCCGUGUGCAAGCCAAACAUUAAUGUCCUCAACGCAGUGGCAAGUUAUACGGCCUGAGAACAGAGGGGCCCGUGGGGAUCCUAAGAGCAUCGUUAUCUUGGUCAGUGUUCUCUUGCUGUGAAGAGACACCAUGCUCACAGCACCUCUUAUAAAGGAAAGCAUUUAAUUGGGGCUCGAUUACAGUUUCAGAGGUUUAAUCCGUUAUCAUCAUGGCAGGAAGCGCAGUGGCAGACAUGGUGCUGGAGAGGUAGUUGAGAGUUCUACAUCCGGAUCUGCAGGCAGCAGGAAGAGAAAGACUAGGCCCGGCAUGGCCUUUGGAAACCUCAAGGCAUAUCCCCCAGACACACACUUCCUCCAACAAGGCCGGAACUCCUAAUCCUUUUAAUCCUUUCAAACAGUGCCAUGCCCUGGCAACUAAGCGGUUAAAUAUAUGAGCCUUUGGGGGCCAAUCUUAUUCAAACUACUCCAUCUGCAGGCUGUUCUCCAUCCAAAGGUUCUAAUGUACAUUACUUCCUUUCUCCCUCUAUCUUCCCCUCUCUCUUUUCUGAAAGGGUCUAUAGCCCAGGUAGUCUCUAAGACCUCAAGUUCCUAAGAUGGUCUACCUGCCUUUACCUCCUGUGCAUUGGGAUUACAAACAUUCAGCGUUGUGCCCGGUGCUGAAGAUCAAACCUAGACCUUCGUGCUCGUUAGGCAGCCAUUCUGUGAGCUGAGCUACAUCCCCAGCCCUGUACUUUAAAACGAUCAUCUCCUCCUCCUCCUCUUCCUCUUCCCUAUUCUUCUUGAGACAGGGCCUUAAUACGAGUCCGGCUGGUCUCUGACUCAGAGAUCUGCCUGCCUCUGCUUCCCGAGCGGCACGAUACAAGGUGCGCCACCAAGUCCUCUCCUAAAUCUGUUGCUUCUUUGGUUCUUUGGCGCUGUGGCACUGACUUUCUCAGCUGGAUUCCUGUUGUCCCCAAGCGGUGCAAGCUCGGUCGGCCGGAUGCUGCUGUUAGCCGUCCCCAGUGCUGGCCCUGUUGUGACCCAGAACACACUGUUCAGAGUGUUCAUCUGUUUGCUUGUCUCUGUUCUCUGCACAGACACUUGCAGGUGCUUCGCUUACUCAAUGUGGGUUAAGCGUCCAUUGCUAGGUAGCCUCCUGCCCCCCACGACUCUCCAAGUUACCUUUACAGAUAGCAAGCUGAUGGCAUCAAGCCACUAGUUGCCUUCUAGUGGGUCUGCUUUACAUCUCGAUGCUGCUUUUCUGUCGUCUUCUCCUGUUCCAUUUCACCCACAGCCCUAAUUCAUAGCGCUAUUCCCACACUGAACCUGUUGGGAGGUGGUUGGGUAUCUUUUUGGUCACUCUCAAGGGAACACGGCCUAGCAAAGGUCCAGCCGCUACAGUUAAGUCCCUAUGGCCACUUCAGUCUUCCAGGAGGCUUCCUCACCUGACUCACUGCCAAGGGUAAGGACAGGAACCCAUUUCCCUCCCUUAGCACAACCACAGAGUUCUGACCCCUGCAAGUUCUCUAGUUUCCUGGUGUUCACUGGGUUUGUGGGAGGGAGAUCUCAUCACACUAGUUUGGGGUUUGCCUUUCUAAGCCCUUGGGUUUAUUUAAAAUGAGGGGGAGGAAGUGCAGGAGACUAUGGGCAUGUUAGCAUCUGCUGAGAUCUGGGGAAGGGCUUUAACCACAGAGACAACAGGAGACCCUAGACAUCCUGUUCUGCUUGCAUGCUCUCACUUUAUCACAGGCACCCUGGGAAAUUCCAGGAUUUCUCAAGCCUCCUCUUCAAUUACCACUCUGAACCAGUGACCUUGGAAAGCAGGGAAAGGGAGGGAGGAGUGAGAGGAAGGAUGAGAACGAAGAAAAAGAUGAUCAAUGAAAUGGAUAAUGUCCAAGCACAUCAAUAAAAGUGAGGCCCCAGCACGAGCCUGUCAUAUGUAUCCAUUGGACAUGUGCCAAAAACCAGGGCAGUCCUGUGUAGGACAGACAGAGCUCUCUCAAUUCCGGGCAGUCCUAUGCAGCAGGGCAGGACAGACAGAGCUCUCAAUCCCAGGCAGUCCUGUGCAGCAGGGCAGGACAGACAGAACUCUCUCCAUCCUGUGCAAUCCUGUGCAGCAGGGCAGGACAGACAGCUCUCCAGAUCCUGUGCAGCAGGGCAGGACAGACAGCUCUCCCGAUCCUGUGCAGCAGGGCAGGACAGACAGCUCUACCGAUCCUGUGCAGCAGGGCAGGACAGACAGCUCUCCCGAUCCUGUGCAGCAGGGCAGGACAGACAGCUCUCCCGAUCCUGUGCAGCAGGGCAGGACAGACAGAGCUCAGAGCUCUCUCUCUCUCUCUCUCUCUCUCUCUCUCUCUCUCUCUCUCUCGAUUUG